CAACCGUUUCAGGUUCAGCCCGACGAUGGGGAACGAGACAGAGGAGUCGCGCGUGGAGAAGGAGUUCUACGUUGUAUUUGUUCUGGAGCCCGAUGGAUUCCGGCAUCGCGUUACCGCCACGGCCAACUCAACCUUGAAGCAGCUCAAAGAACAGGUUAUCUUGGAUCUCAAGCUCACGCACAACACGUUGCUAAUCCCCGAGCUUGACGAAGCAUGUGCGGCGAAUGGAUCUCAUCCAGCCGACUUCACGCUCUCGAAUGCUGGCUUGAUUCUCAACACCGACCAGGAAAUGAUCCUCCACGCGUCGGUGGUUGCCAAGAAGAUUGGCUCCAGUGAAUACGUCAUGCCCUCCGAAAUCGAAGUCACCGUCGCGUCUGACAAUGGCGCACCACUCACGACCUUUACUGUGCACAUCCUCAAGUUUACAGGCCACAAACCCUACUUGGGUGGCUAUCGACACAAAAUCACGGAUCAAGUCUUUCACCACGCGUCAGCCCAGACUGUCGUAACCAAACAAAAGGUCCGUCGGGGGCCUGCCAGGUUCCACCGAGAGACGCAGACACACAAAACUGUGACGAAAACAGCUCAAACCGUGCGCGAACACGGCACCCAAAUGACUCGAUGCGACUUGCUUGUCGACACGAAAGGAGACCGAGAAGUCGUCGCAAAAACAUAUUUCAAUUCCGCCCAACUCGAAUGUUUGCGCAUGGAUUCGUGCUUGUUAUUGCAAUGCCAUUGGCGAGCAUAUCGCGCCCGGUGCUUUGUGCAUGCAAUUCGACAGAAAAAGCUCGAAGUGUAUUCAAAUGACGAAAGAUUUGCGGUGGAAACCAAGGCGAUGCUAGCGGCCAAACAGCGCAAGGAAAUCGACCGACGAAUGCAUCCCAACUCGCAGCAUGAUUUCGAAGUGCUGUACAACGAACUGGACCAGUGGCGCCUGUACGAAACGAAGAAGGUCCAGGAAGAAGGCGGGUUGACGGACAAGGAGCGAACGGCCGCGAUGGCGGCGAUUCUUGCCAAAGAGACCAAGCUUCUGCAGACGAUUGAUCGCUUGAAGAGCACGGCAACAACGAAGAAUCGCAACGCUCGCAUUGAAGCUAUGUUAGACGUGUUGUCGCGGCCCAAGCAAUGGCAGAUGAGCGAUGGCAUUAUCAAGCCUGUGGACACGCCGUUCACGGUGCGUGCGAAAGAGCUGACCGAGUUGUACCAUGGCCUCAAGCUGCCACUUCGGAACGUCGAGGAGCGUCUUGAAGUGCUGUUGCACGUAAAGUGGACCGUGAAGGAGUUUGAGUGUGCCUUGACGAAGGAACUGAUGGAGCUGAUCGAUCGCGAAGCCGACAUGUUGAACCGCGGACGACCGGCACAAUCGGUGGAAGGUUUGCGCAAGCGCAUCUCGAACCUGUUUUUGCAGUUCAUCGAGAACCCAACGUUCAACCCAGAGGCCGCGAGUUUGCGCCACAUCAUCGGGAAUUCAUAACUAAUCGCAACGUUUUGUGUACAAUUACGCCAAAUCUGUGACUUCGUGGUCCGUGCCAGCGUUCGGGUUUUGGAUCACAAUCAAGGCGUACUCCUUGUCUGGUGCGAUCAUGAUCUCGUGCUUCUUGGACCGAAUGCGGAGGAACGUCAUGUCGUUGCUCGGAUCAAGGGUUCGAAUCGUGCUCUUCGCCUUGGCCGCGAGUUGGGAUAGGAGUGCCGCAUGGUCGAUUGCGAACUCUUCGUCGUUCGUGCUCGAGUAGAUCGGGACACCGUCGUUGUUGACGAUGAGCACCGCUUGAACGCCCUUGUGGCUCUUGAUACGCUUGAUAGUUUCCUCAGCUUCGUACCCAGACUAUAUGCAUAUGCACACGUGCACCGCAUGAGACACACGUCGCCAUCACCUCGAUCCUUUCCUCGACGUACCAUGACGGUCGGCC